CUGGGAUGCUACUUGCCAAGCUCAUAGUGGACCUUGCCUUCCAGAACACACCAAGGUUUGGGCAGUAGCUGCAGAACCCCAAAGACAAUGGGCGAAGUCAAGAUUUCAUCUGAAAACAAUGAUACAGGCUUGGCAAACCCAGCAUUUGAGCUUACGGAAUCAGAGAGAAAUGCAAAGGGAGCACCAUCUCCUGGGAUUUGGGAAGAAAACCAUGCACAGGAUAGUCACUUUUCGAGGAUGAAGAAAGUGGCUCAGCCUUUCUCUAAAGCAAAGAGGUUUUGCAAGACUCAUCGUGAAUUAUUCCACAAGAUCUUCGGAGGCAUCUUAUGUGCAGGCUACCUGGCCUACUUAAUUGCUGCUUGUUGGCUAGACUUCCAUCGAGCCUUGGCACUGGUCAUUUUAACAGGCCUGGCCAUCGCGUACCUGGCUUAUAGUAUGGUCAAGAAAUGGUGGGGGGCCCAAAUUAUCCAGAUGCUGAACCCCUGCAGGAAAUGCUGUCAGAAGGCCUGGCCAUGGCUGAAAUGGGUUUUGUGCGCUGUUCUUCUAAUUGCUUUGGUCACAUGGCUGGUUCUGGACAUAUCCCAGAGGAAAGAGCAGCUGGUGUCAUUGGGUGGCUUCUGUGUGCUGGUGCUGUUGCUAUUUCUCUUCUCCAAGCAUCACAUGGCUGUAUCCUGGAGAGCUGUGUUCUGGGGGCUUGGUCUACAGUUUGUCCUUGGAAUUUUCAUCAUCCGGACAGAACCUGGAUUUCAGGCUUUCCAGUGGCUUGGCAAUCAGAUUCAGACAUUCCUAAACUACACCAUCGCUGGAUCCGGCUUUGUCUUUGGGGAGAAAUUAAUCCAAGAAAGUUUUGCCUUUCAGGCACUGCCUAUUAUUGUCUUCUUCAGCUGUGUGAUGUCUAUCCUCUACUACUUGGGAGUCAUGCAGUUUAUAAUCCUGAAGAUGUCCUGGCUCCUGCAAAUCACAAUGGGCACAGCAGCCACCGAAUCUCUGAGUGUGGUGGGGAAUGUAUUUGUGGGGAUGACAGAAGCACCACUGCUCAUCCGCCCCUACCUGGGGGACAUGACACGGUCAGAAGUCCACGCUGUGAUGACCGGUGGUUUUGCUACCAUUGCUGGCAGUGUGAUGGGUGCAUAUAUUUCAUUUGGGAUUGAUGCCUCGUCUUUGAUCGCAGCUUCAGUUAUGGCAGCACCUUGCGCUUUAGCUAUGGCGAAACUUGUCUACCCAGAAGUGGAAGAGUCCCAAUUCCAAUGCCGGGAAGGCAUCAAAAUUGCCUGCGGGGAGGAAAAGAAUAUUCUGGAAGCUGCUGGUAAUGGUGCCACUGUCUCUAUAGGGCUGGUGGCCAACAUUGCAGCCAACCUCAUUGCCUUCCUGGCUGUGCUGGAGUUCAUCAAUGCUUCCCUCAGUUGGCUAGGAGGCAUGGUCAACCUGCCCCAACUCUCCUUCCAGCUGAUCUGCUCAUACGUCCUGAUGCCUUUAGCCUUCUUGUUAGGGGCAAGCUGGGAAGACGCCUCCCUGGUUGCUGAGAUGCUAGGAAUCAAGCUAUUUUUAAAUGAAUUUGUGGCCUACCAGCAAUUGUCAACAUACAAAAAGAAUCGUCUGAUGGGCCUGCCCGAGUGGGAUGGUCCACGCAAGCAGUGGAUUUCGCCCAGAGCUGAAACCAUUUUAACCUUUGCUCUGUGUGGAUUUGCCAAUCUGAGCUCCAUUGGGAUCAUGCUGGGUGGCUUGUCCUCGAUGGCCCCACAACGCAAGAGUGAAUUUUCCAGCAUCGUUCUACGAGCAUUGAUCACCGGUGCCUCCGUCUCCCUAAUCAACGCGUGCAUUGCAGGUAUCCUCUUUGUGCCCAGAGAAGUGACUGACUGUUUAGACUUCUUUAGUAACACCAUCAACUCUACCAGCUACUCUCUGUACGAAUGCUGCCAAAAUUUGUUUAGCAGCUCCUUGCCUAGUUCCGGUGGAUCACUCUCCUUUACUGGCAUGUGGGAGACUGUACAGUCCAACAUUACACAGACCUACCUCCAGAGAUGCUGUGGUUAUUAUAAUGCCUCAGUGUGUUCCAACCCGUAACAGAUGAGGAAUGAGACGAUGCAGCAGAAGA